AACGUUUUGUCCUCGCCUUCUUUUCUCUGUUAUAGUAUUCGCCCAGAUUGAAAUCUACAAAUCUUACCAUAUCACACAUCUCUCUCAAAUCCGGCUGAGUUUGUAUCCAAGGUUGAGGAUUCAAAGAUCGAAUAAUUCAGUUUUUUUUGUAGAAUUCGAAAUCAGGUUCGAUUGGUAUUACUAUUGUUUGCAUCAAAUGAGAGCAGGAAACGUUUUGUUAAGAUGUUACCAAAUUUGAGAUCUGACGACAAGAAAACUGUGUAUAAAAAUAGAAAGGCCUUUACCAUCAUGAAGCCUUGAUGAACAGGAAACGAGAGAUCGACAUGGUAAGUCUGGUCGAUGGGGUUCCAACAAUCGCGGUCCCUGAUGCGGUGCUUCAGGACUCUGUGUGCCUCUUUGGGAUGAUUUUUUGGUUGGUCGGUUUGCCUCGACGGCUCCUCAUGUUGCUAAGAUUCAUGUCAUUGUUAACAAGAUUUGGCCGCUUGGCAACAAGACACUUCGUAUUGAUGUCUAUGAGAACUUUGCUACUUCGGUUCGUUUACGUAUUCGGGACGAGGCUACACGGCUUCGUGUUUUACGGCGAGGAAUGUGGAAUAUUGCGGGUGUUCCGAUGAUGCUGACUAAUUGGUCUCCUCUCCCAGAAGAUGAUCAGCCAGUGAUAACAUCAAUGCCCCUAUGUGUAACUUUAAAGAACGUUCUUCAUUCUCUGUUUUCCUGGGAGGGUCUUGGUUUCUUGACUAGCCCGAUAGGUAAUCCUAUUCGACUUCAUCCUGAUACGGAGCUCUGUAGUAAGUUUGAUGAGGCCAAGGUUUUUGUGGAGGUCAAUUUAACGAACUCCUUGCCCAGUUCGUUUCGCUUUAAGCUAAACACAAAGGAGGAUGUCACUAUUGAGUUUCAGUAUCCGUGGCUCCCUCCCCGUUGUUCUCGUUGUCAAAAGUGGGGGCAUUCAGGUGAGGGUUGUGUGACAGCUCCCAUGUCUCCGAAACAAACGUUAGUUACUGACGUGGAGGAGGGUGAGAUUGUUGCUCACACGAAGGCCCAAAAGACUGUUGUUUCUCCUCCCAUUCAGGAUACUGUUAAACCUGCGGGUUCUACUUCUCCUCUUUCAGCUCCUAUUAGCGUCUCAUCUCAAAAGGUUGACGAGGAUCAAACUGGUUGGUCUGUUGUCUCCCCUGGGAAAGGUUGUAAGAGUGCUGAGAAAGCUGUUAUUCCGCCUGCGGCUGGUCAUGACACCAUGUUGGCGUCUCGGUUCUCUGUUCUUGGUGAUGCAGGGGAGGGCUCUAAGGAAACUGCAGAGUCUGAGGAGAUCCCUAACUCUAUUUCUUCGUCGGUUCCCAUUGUGGAGACUGUGAAGGGUAGCAGUGUCGGUGCAAAACAGAGUUCAGAGUGGCACUGUCCGCGCCUCUCUCCCACGUCAGUCAAAGCUCUUAACUAAAUCAUCUUCGGAGUCUCUCUCUCAGCAGACUAGGGGUGGUCCCCCUGUCAUCUCAAGUAGAAAGAACUCCAAGAAGCGUCAUUAAUGUCCGGUUUUUUCUGGAACAUGCGAGGUUUCAACAAAUCUAAAAAACAUUCUUUUGUUUGUGAUUGGGUGCAAGCUGAAUCUUUAGGUCAUCUCCAACCCAUAUCUCCAUUUUUUCUUCAAAAUGGAGUAACUCUAUUUUGGAGUAGGGUUUUACUCCAACCCUACUUCAUUUUGGAGUAAAAAAUAGAGAUCUCCAAAUUGUAGUGUAAAAUAAAAAUAGAUGUCUCCAAAUAUAGAGAAAAAAAAUGGAGAUCUCUAUUUUAGAGAUGAAAAUGGAGAUGGGUUGGAGCAAAAUUGACUCUAAACUCCAUUAUGAAGAUGAAAAUAGAGAUGGGUUGGAGUUGGUCUUACAGUUUGGAUGCUUACUGGAAACGCGUGUCCAGGAAAAUAAGGCCUCUCGAAUCAUUUCUUCAGUGUUUAGGGGUUGGUCUUCUAUCACAAAUUAUGAAUUCAGUCGUCUUGGGAGAAUUUGGGUGGUUUGGAAGGAGGAUGUGCGAGUUACUCCAGUUUUUAAGAGUGGACAGGUAGUUACUUGUUCUAUUCUCAUGCCGGGGGAUACUCUUGAGUUUUUUUGUUUCUUUUGUCUAUGCAUCGAACCAUACUGAUGAAAGAAAGGAGUUGUGGUCCGAUCUUAUGUGUCACUAUGACUCUCCAUUGUUUGCCAGUAAACCUUGGUUAGUUGUCAGUGAUUUUAAUGAAACUCUUGAUAGUGAGGAGCAUUCUAAUUUUGAAGAUUCCCCUGUUGUCAUGAGUGGUAUGAGGAAUUUUCAAGACGUGGUUCGGCAUUGUGCUUUAUCGGACAUGACUUAUCAUGGUCCUCUGUUUACCUGGGGUAACAAGAGGGAUGUUGGUUCUGUCUGUAAAAAAUUGGAGAGAGUUUUGGUCAGUGAGGCUUGGAGUCGCAAUUUUGCUAAUGCUUAUGGUGUGUUUGACUUAGGCGGUGUUUCUGAUCACCUUCGUUGUAGGUUUACUUUGGGAACUCAAAUCAUGAAACCAAGAGGGCCAUUCAAGUUCUCUAAUGUUCUUCUGUAUUUACCGGAGUUUCAGUCCACAGUGCAAUCCUUUUGGGAUAAUACUGACAGUCUUUUCCAUUCCACCUCUGCAAUGUUCCGUUUUGCUAAAAAGCUUAAGGCUCUCAAACCUUUGUUGCGUUCAUUGGGUCAGCAGAAACUUAGUAAGCUCACGGAGCAAGUGGAGGAGACUCAUAAGGUUCUUUGUGAUUGUCUAACCGCCACUCUCUCCAACCCAACAUCGGUAUCUUUGGCGGCUGAAGCUGAGGCUUUCCAGCGUUGGGAUCGUGUUUCUGAUCUUGAGGAGAAUUUUUUACAUCAACGCUCCAAGCUUCAUUGGAUGUUAGUUGGUGACAAAAACAACAAAUAUUUUCACUCUGCUGCGAAGUCUAUACAGGAUUUAAAUGCAAUAAGGGAGAUCACCUGUUCUGAUGGAUCGGUUGCUAAAUCUCAGUCUGAGAUUAAAUAAGAGGCGGUGAGAAUUUUUUAGGAUUUUCUCACACAUACACCGUCUGAUUUUGUCGGUCUGAGUGUUGCUCAGCUGGAGCAGUUGGUUCCAUUUCGUUGUUCUAAUACUGAUAACAUUGGUUUGUUGCGGAUGGUUUGAUGUUCAUAUAUUUUACC